AUGGAUUUUGUGUGUCCCGUGAGUGUGUUCCUGCCCGCGCGUAAAGCUCCUGCGAAGGGAAAACCGGACAGGGUGCUGUCUCGAUCAAAAUCGCUCGAUCAACCGAUGCCGAGCGGGGCGGAAAGGAACGUUGGGACGGGCGAGGGAAAACCGAGCUUGAGUGAUCGAAAAUCCAGCACCGGCAGUGGCGCGAAAUCGAGCGCCUCAUCUUCCGGAUCGUCCAAAAAGAAACCCGACCCGAAGGUGGAAAUGGUGGUGGAAAAGCGUAAAAGAGACAGUGUUUUCACGCUCUUCCCGAGCGUGCAGUGGAAACCGACGGUGGAAGAGAACGUACAGCUGCCGGUACAGUACUGCGACUGGAUGGAAUCGUUCAGCUGCGAUGGUCGGUUUACGGCACGGUACGAUCUGCUGCCCAUGGAGUUGAUACUGAAAAUCUUCAAGCAGAUCAACGCUAGCGACCGACUGGCGGCGAGCGAAACCUGCCGUCGAUGGUUCGAAGCCGCACACUACUACGAACCGUUCCAGCGCCGGAUGUACUUCAACUUCGAUCGGAUCGAGUUUAACGAUGAGGACGGGCCGAUAAAAUAUUUCUCCAAUCCGAUCCGCACCUACCCGUACCUGACGUUCACGUUCGUCGAGUUUACCAAGCACAGCGAUUUUUGGUUGAAUAAUGGGAUGUACAUACGCGAACUGACGCUGCGCUGUUGCCUGAUACGGAAGAAGAAAUUCAUCACGAUCAUGAAGAAUUUGCCCAUGCUCGAGCGGCUCGAGCUGAUGCAGUGCGAUGAGCUGUUCAAGCACUGGACGCUCGACUACAGCACGGAUGAACCGAUGUUCCCUUUCACGCUGCCCCACCUCAAGCAUCUUUCGCUGGCUGCGUGCGACUACUACAACGAGUAUCAUUUCGAGCGAUUUAUUGAGGCCGCCCCGGCACUGGAGUCGAUCGAUGUGUCGAACUGCUUCAUCAACCUGUACCUGGCGCGCCGCAUGACCAUGAUAUCGCGCGUUAUGCGUUUGGUCAGCAAGAACCGGAACAUUAUGAAGGCACUUAACAUCAGCGACAUUCCCUGCUUCGAUGACGUUGCGUGGCAUCUGCUGGCGGAGAUGAACGGUCUGUACCUGACGCACUUCACCGUCACGUACACCGACCGUAUACCGUUGAAGGAUCCGGGAAUUUUGAAGUUUUUCAGCGUACAAACGCGCCUCACCCAUCUCGACCUGACCUCGUCGAUCGGUGUGAACGAUGUGUGCCUGCAGCUGAUCGUGGAGAGCUGUCCACUGCUGCAGGUGCUGAAGUUGCGCCGGUGCUGGUUACUCUCGGACGAAGGCGUGCAGGAUCUGCACACCCUGAAGCACCUGCGGGUGCUGGACGUGUCGAGCUGCGAGCGGAUCUCCGACUACGGUAUGCGGGUGGGCAUUAUUGGGAAGCGUGCACGCCCGGUGGACGAAGCGUACUUUUCGCUGCUGAGCACGCUGAGCGACUACACCAUGUACUAUCUGGUGCUGAUGUUCAAAAACCUGCAAGUGCUCGAUCUGGACAGCAAUGCGACCAUUACGGACACCUCGCUGCAGUAUCUGUGCUGCUACUCGCAGGAGCUCCGCAACUUGAAUCUCCAGUCCUGUGCCAAGGGAAAGCCACAACACCACAUUACGGCAUCGCAUCCGCACUGUCACUGCCAAGGUGGAUCCUCAAAAUAG